AUGAGUAAGAGAUACUUACAGAAAGCCACAAAAGGAAAGCUGCUAAUAAUAAUAUUUAUUGUGACCUUGUGGGGGAAAGUUGUGUCCAGUGCAAACCAUCAUAAAGCUCACCAUGUUAAAACGGGCACUUGCGAGGUGGUGGCACUCCACAGAUGCUGUAAUAAGAACAAAAUAGAAGAGCGAUCACAGACGGUCAAGUGUUCCUGCUUCCCCGGCCAGGUGGCAGGCACCACGCGAGCUGCUCCAUCUUGUGUGGAUGCUUCAAUAGUGGAACAGAAAUGGUGGUGCCAUAUGCAACCAUGUCUUGAGGGAGAGGAAUGUAAAGUUCUUCCGGAUCGGAAAGGAUGGAGCUGUUCCUCUGGGAAUAAAGUGAAAACAACGAGGGUCACACACUGAGUUAUCAACAGAACUGAGCACUGAACCUAGGAAGCCUGGCCUCAGGUAACCCACUAACCAAGGAUAAAUCAAGUGAUCCUCAAGCCUGAUUACAUUCAACAUAUGCACAGAAACUUCAUUCCUGAGGUGAUCUUGAAGGGAGAUUUUUAUACCACUCACAAGAGGCAUUCCAGAGCCUUAUUUCCAAGGGAUUUCAUGGCUCAUAAUCAGCCUCUUCUUGAAACCAAGACUUUAAAAAAGCUUGACAUGAACUUCUAUGCCAUGAAGAUAUUGUCAGAUUUGAACUGUGUUCAACCUGUAAAAUUGCACUUGCUUAAAGAAUUUGAAGAUGUCAUCUGAAGAGUUUGUGUUUCCAAGUGAUGUCAGAGACACUCACCUUUUGGGUGUUUGGCUUCGAUUGUGACUGGUUUUCUUGUUUCUGAAAGUCUGCCAAGUGCACCAGCCUUCUGCCAUGGAUGUGUUCCUGGGUCCGGUCCUGUGUUCACUGGCUAGUGGGACUGCACCCGGCUUUACUGAUAUUUCCUUUGCGAACUUCUCUGGCAUGGUGUAGACUGAGACAAUUUUAUUUGUAUCCUAAUCUUGGAGCUCUGAAAGCCUUCAUGUUUUAACAUCUUAAAGUUGCUUUUGUUAAAGGAAUGGAAAUAUAUAUCCAUUGAUAAUAAUUAUCGUUGGCAAGUAAUAGUUAUCUGAAUACAUCAAUCAUAUAAGAAUGUAUAGACAAGCUGACAUGUUUCCCCAAGGCUAACAUUCUGCUGCAGCUAUCUGUCAAAUAGGUAGUAGUUAGAACUGAAUUUCCAUUUUCAUUAUAUACUAUUUUGUACUUCUAGAGUACUCUCCCUUUCAGUUUUCUUUUAAGUGGGCUUUUCCCUUCAUGUUUGUGAUUACUUUUUUCCUUCACUCCAGCAGUGAGCAGUCAAGUAUGUAGGUAGCCUUCAGUUUCAAAAAUUGUCAGGGAUGCAUGUGGGUUUCUGAUUUCUUAGCUUGAGUGUUACUCACUUAUAUUUCUUCUAGUAAUUUUUUAACUAUCCUUUAUAUCAUUUUAAUAGACUGUCCCUUGCUCGCUCCCAAUGACUGUUUGAAUGCUUAUAUAUUUGUUUGUUCAGUCUGUUAAUAGAAUUAUUCAUUUUUCUUUAUAAAUAUUUGCUUAUAAUUAUCCCAUUCAAACAAUUUCUUUGGUCAGUUCUGUCCUCAUUUUCAUAGUCAUUUUAACAUUUCUGUCUUUCAGUUCUACAGGAAAGUCUUACAAAUAUUUAAAGGCCUUAAACAUGUAUGUACUUUUUCCCUAAGUUAUUACAGAAUGUAUAAUUUUAUACUACAUUUGUUUCAUUUGUUAUGUGAAGGAAGAAUUGAAAUCUCAUAGCCAUUCUGUAAUAGGGAUGUAAAGGGAAAGACUUCUUUGCUUACUAAUCUUAGACUAAUAGAAAGAUACUUCAAAAACUGUCCUAUUAGAAGUUCCAUUAUGUUAGAGACGAUGUGAAUAUCUUUCAUAUUUUUAAAACUCACUGACAUGGCCAAUAAAUUAUAUGUUGGCUUCCAUGAUGGGAGCUGACAUACCUUAGAGAAUUUUGGUCUUUAGGUAACAAAUUUCAAAGACUAAUACAUUUCCCAGAAUGUCUCUGGGCAGAAAAAUUAAAAGUGUAAAACUUGUUCAAAAUUAAAUUUUAAAAGUAUACUUUUGACACUAAAUCAAUCAAAAAGUAUACUGCCCCCACAAAUCCAUGGAAUGAAAUUACUUCUUCCCUCCAUUUUAAUUAUGCAUAAAAUGAAUUAGAUGGUUCUGAGUAGAUUUUACAAUAGUUCAAGACUGUAUGCAUUCAGAAAGAAAGAACAGUUGUGCUGGACUUUUUGCAUCAGUUAUAUCAUUAAUUUCUUUGGAACAGAGUUAGAAAACUAUAUUAUUUUGGAAAUUAUGAAUUUGUCCUAGGUUUGUUUGAAAUUGUAGAUCAUGCUUCUCAGUUUUUUAAAUGUGUCCUUUAAAACAAAACUGGAAAUUCUGUAUUAUAUACAAGUGUAACACAUGCAUAUCAAUAGAAAAAAAAUGGAAUUUCAAUUAUACUAACUAGAUUAUCCCCCAUAGAUUAAUGUUGUGACUAUUCAGAAAAGUUAAAUAAAAUUGGGA